AUGGACGUCGCGGAGGCCGCGCAGGGCGACGCCAUGCCCACCGCCAACGGCCCGGCUCCCGGUGGCAAGCCCUACACGCCAGGCCAGUUCGAGCCCGUCGCGCCGCCGUCGUGGCAGAUCUGGUUCGGCGCCGCGAUCGGCGUGUUCCCCUUCAUCAUCGCGUCCUAUGAGUUCGGGAAGCGUAUCCUGAUUCAGCGGCGGUGUCAGCGCUGCGAGGGGUCCGGCCUCGUGCCGUCGAGCCGCGUGAAGGAGCGCCUCGUCAAGUGCCCCGAGUGCGGCGGCUUCUUCCCGUGGCAGUCGUGGAGCCGCUUCUUCGAAGCGAACGCGCCUGGGCAGGUGGGCAACGGCGGGCCGCUGCUGCAGCCCCGGGGGCAAACGUCGGUGUUCUACAAGGUGCCGCCGAAGCCGGAGGAGGGCGCGAAGCGCGAGGUGAGCGCGGGCGCCGGCGGGGACAAGUCGGAGAGCAGCUAG